AUGACUAAAGAAGACUGUAUGGAGAAAGACGAAAUGGAUUCGCUGUUUGAGGGAAUGGUUCUCUUCAAUCCGAGUGCAGAUGUCGGACAUCAUGCCCAAUUAUCCACCAUAGCUGAUGCGGAUGCAUCCGCUUCUUCCCCAUCGCAGGUAUCUAAUGAACCCCUUGAUGAGAACCUUUUCUCGGAUCUCACUCUCAUGACUCCCUCUCAAUCCCUACUGCUUGAUGAAGAAGAAGAUGAAACUCAACCUCCAUCUGAUCUGGCGUUGGUAUCUCGGCAAAAUUCCAGUAGGAGAAGAAAAAAAGCUGGAUUAAGGAUAGGAUAUGGCAGAGAUAGAGAUUAUGCUGACCAUCUGCCACAAUCGUCCCAUACCCACCUCAACUCUCACUCUGACAUAAGCUCCGUUCUUGCUGCUAUUCAAGAUAAAGAAGCAAACCAAGAACAAAAAUUUGAACAGGAAGCUGAGGAGUCGAGGGAUGAAGAAAAGAACAUCUCUUCUAUCACCACAGCCAAAGAGCAGGAUUCCUCAACAGAAAAGCUUAACAAUGGCACUGACUCUCUCAACUACCCUAAUAAAAAGCUUAAUUUGUCCUCGGCUACUCCUAUUUCAUCUACACUUGAUGACGACGAAUACAUGGAUGCUGGUCAUCUAAAAGUUAAAGCAAACCCAGUGGAGUUGAAAUUCGAUCAAAUCAGAGCCACCAUUGCAGACAAGCUUAAGUUGGCCCAGGAGGCGGUAAUCUCCGUCUCUGCACUGCGGAAAGAAUCUAUCCGAAGGAGAAGAGAAGCUGUCGAAGAAUUCAAUGGGGCAUCUACCCACCAUAGGGACUUGGAGAAGAAGCUGGAUGAAGCUUGUGAAGCAGAGGAUUUUGAGACCGCUGAAAGGGUCAGUGAGAAUCUUGCUUCCGCGGAGAAGGAAAAGGAACAGUCGGUCAUCCUCCUCAGAGAUGCCGAGACAUACUGUGAUGUCAUUGACACUAAGAUGCAGGACGUUCUUGUGUCCCUUAUUCAAGCUGAGGAGGAAUGUGUUUAUUUGCUACGAAGAUUUUCAGAGGAAGCUGCAAGUAAUGCAGAUUCAAUUCUGAUGGAUGCAGAAACAAUAUCUUCAAAAGAUGGUGCUGAGUGGCUUUCAUCAGUUGAAGCCAUAGAAGUCAGCAAAUUUGAAUUAGAAAUUCAAUCCCAACUAGUUCACGGAGCUAAAUCUGUUUUGAAUGAAUCAAUUGAUCACUCAGUGGAGGAUGAUCGGAGGGAAAUAGAUGUUCUUUGCAAGAGAAAAGAAGUAUUGGCAGAGGAACUGAGGGAACUGCUUGCCUUUGUGAAAGAGAAGGAAGCAGAAAUAGCAGAAAAUGAUGCUCUCAUUCAAAAAGUUGAGCAUAGGAUUGAUGGGGUUGUCUCAUGCUUUAAGGAGGUUCAAGAAAGUAUAUAUAAUAAUUAUGAUAAAUUGCAGUCACACCUUUCUGAGCUGAUGGCUGAGAAUGAUGUUUUACUGAAAAGAAAGAAAGAUAUUGAUAGUUACCUUUCUCAGCAAGAAUCAAGAGGAGAAAAGAUUAAGAAUCUUUCCAGGAUUUCUGCAGAUGAAGCAAACAUGUAUGAAGAAGUUGUUGGUCUUAGAAAGAGUCUGGCUGUGUUCAUCUCGAAAUCCAAGGCCUAUAGACUGAACCUUGCCAAAAGUGAAGAAAGGAUUUCAGAGGAGGUGCAAAUUCUCAAGCAGGAUUUUUUUGCUGCAAGAGCUUCACUUCAGGUGUUAUCUUCAACUAAGUCAAGCAUCCAGCAGGAAGUUGAAUCCUGUAAGCAGCGUCUUCUUUUCAUUGACAGGAGACUUCCGGAGUUGGAGGCAGAGAAGAAGGUUGCUGCUGCUACAAGAAAUUUUAAAGAAGCAGCACGAUUAUCUGCAGAAGCUAAGGCCUUGUGCAUUGAAAAGGAAGAAAUACAGAGGAAAAUGGACAGUACUGAGUCAGAGCUUAAGAAGCUUGAGGAAGAAAUAUGCCACACGAUUGAUAGGAUGCAAGAAACUGAAGUGCAGAUUUCAUCGAAGGAAAAAGAGUUGGCUAUGGCUAGAUUCCGGAGGCUAAUUCUAAUUGCUAGAGAGGCUAUAGCUGAGAGAUCAGCUGCCUUGGAGUUGGGUGAUCAUGAAGAAGCUGAAUCUUUAAUGGCAGAGGCUGAUGCUGCGGAGGUUGAAGCAAGAAAACUUCAACCAAUUUACAAUUUCAAUGAAGAAGCGAUUGAAAAUUUACCGGAAGUUUUCAUAUCAGCUGAGCUUGUAUCCACGCUUGGUAACAAGCAAUUGGCUGAGUUGGCUGCUUCUGCAAAUAUAGCGGCAUCAUGA